AUGUCAGUUUUCAAGCUUUCCGCCCAGUUAAUAGGGCACUCCAACGAUGUCAAGGCUGUACGAUACAAAUCCAAGGAUGUCAUCAUCUCAGCCUCAAGAGACAACUCAGUUCGGAUAUGGAGGCAGACGUCAGCACCAAACACCCCUCCCGCGUUCGACAGCGCCACCCUAGCCCAGUCCGGCUCCUAUGUCAACUCGCUCGCCCUCAUCCCGCCUUCAAGCAACCAUCCCGACGGAUUGGUGGUUACAAGUGGGCUCGAUCCCGUCAUCUACGUUCAUGAACCGAAACCGCUGGAUCAGCAAAGCAGUGGCUAUCCCAUACUGCUCCCCGGUCAUUCCAACAACGUAUGCAGUCUCGACGUUUCGCCUAAUGGCCAGUACAUAGUCUCCGGUAGCUGGGAUACCAAAGCGAAGGUUUGGGAUGUGAACAAGUGGGAUCUGGCGGCUGAGUUGGACGGCCACGAAAAGUCAGUCACGGCGGUCUUGGCCCUCAAGGACUCUGCUGCAAUCACAGGAUGCGCCGACAACAUGAUCAGGGCAUAUGGCCUCGCACGCGCAGGCUCAGCCGAGGUUCUGCAAGCCGGAAAGACAUUAGCAACAGCCGAGCCUGUGCGUGCCCUUUGCCGACUUCCCGCUGGACACGACAGCGGCGCCGAAUUCGCUAGCGCCGGCAACGAUUUUGUGAUCCGCCUGUGGACCGUGAGAGGUCAACAGGUCGCCGAGCUGCACGGCCAUGAGUCGUACGUUUACUCUCUAGCAUGUCUGCCAUCCGGGGAGAUUGUUAGCGUAGGCGAGGACCGGACGCUUCGGAUAUGGAAAGGCCACCAGUGUGUGCAGACAAUCGUCCAUCCAGCAGUCUCGGUUUGGGCGGUGGAUGUAUGCCCUGAGACUGGCGAUAUUGUCACGGGUGCUAGCGAUGACGUAAUCCGGAUAUGGACUCGAAGCAACGAUCGCCUCGCGGAUGAGGUCACUUUGAAGCACUUCGAAGAGGCAAUCAAAGGCAUGGCAAUACCCAAGGAGACCAUGGGUGGAGAUUUGAAGAAUCAACAGUUUCCUGGGCCCGAGUUUCUCCAAACCAAUACAGGCAAGAAGGACGGACAUGUACAGGUAAUCAAGAAUCCCGAUGGGGGCCUUGAGGCCCACAUAUGGUCUGCAGCGCAAAACAAAUGGGAGUUCUACGGCGCCGUCGUCGACUCUCCUGGCAGUUCAGACAAGAAGAUCCAUCAUGGAGGCAAGGAAUGGGAUUUUGUGUUCCAAGUCGACAUCGAGGAUGGCAAGCCAACCCUACCGCUGCCGUACAACGCCGGAGAGAACCCUUACGAUGCAGCGCGGAGGUUUUUGGAGGCAAACGAGCUACCUAUUGGGUACUUAGAGCAAGUUGCCGCGUUCAUAGUAAGGGAGUCUAAAGGCCAGAAUAUCGAGAAUGUCGGCGCCGCUUCAAGCGCCCCUGCUCCAACAGAUACUCCUUCUGCAGGACCUAAGCAUUCUCUGCCAGUUCGAGAGUAUGCCUUGAUCCCAAGCUUAAACUCGGAACCACUCCUAAAGAAGAUUCUCUCGUUGAAUGCGGACCUCGUCAAGAGUGGUGACAAGGAAUUCGCCAUGAAUCCGGCUCAAGUCUCGUCUUUGCAGUCCUUUGUGGCCAGCCUUCAGACCGCGUUGCAAUCAGUCUCUAGCAAGGUUUCUUGUACGAAGCGCGUUGAGGUUCAGAGCCCUGGAUUCAACAUCACUCCUCAAGACUUGGACACAAUCAUGAACAUGGCGAUUAACUGGCAAUAUGCGAUGCGUUUGCCAGCCCUCGACCUUCUCCGGUGCUUGGCUGUAUUUGAGCAAGCCGUGACGUACUCACCUCGCUCCAGUCCCUCAUAUCUCGAUGCGAUAUUAGGCGCCGCCUUCGAGACGCCAACAGGCGCCCCGAUCAACGAGGCUUCGGCGUUUAUGGCUAUGCGAGCCGUUGCAAACAGCUUUGCCACUGCUCAAGGUCGCACAUCUGCGGUUGCCGUCUUCCCGCGUGUCGUUUCGAUACUCGAGGCAAUUCUCGGUAUUGAGGCUGAGCCGUUCAAGGGACCUGUGGGACCGGAGAACCGGAACCUAAACAUCGCAGCCUCGGUAGUUAUACACAAUUACGCUGUCCUGGCAGCGGCGCAGCCAGGCACCCUGCCAACCGAGGGCCUAUCUCUGCUUGUUAAUUGUAUUGGCGAGGUAUUGCAAAACAAAGCAGAAACCACGACACUUUUACGGGCUCUCGCCGCGUUGGGGACGCUCGCUCAGGUCAAGGAUUUGUCCAAGACAGUGCGAGAUCUGGGCGGCCUGGGGUGGGCUCGGUCAGCCGGCCAGAGGAGCCAGGACCCGGAGGUGAGGGAAUGGGUUGCUACGGUAGAGCAGACACUGAGCUGA